AGUGCUAUUACGGCGGUCGCUGGGCAUGCAAAGUCGUGUUUGUGGUGUGUAAACGUCUUUAACAAUCGCGAACAACUUCAGGAUGCUGUCUACAUCACUCCCCGUCUGUUUACUGGUGAUCGGGGCGGCGUUCUGCGCGCCUGAACAGGUCCAGAAUGAACCCGACACUCUAUCGCCACAAGAUAGUCCCAACACGCAAGAGCACACUGCGACAUUGAGCAAGAGAUCACCGCAUUAUGAUUUUGGACUUGGCAAGAGAGCGUACAGCUACGUUUCGGAGUACAAAAGGCUCCCUGUCUACAACUUUGGAUUAGGCAAAAGGUCCAGGCCUUACUCUUUCGGACUGGGAAAGCGAUCCGUAGACGAAGAACAGAUGCCCGAACAAUUCACCAAUGAUGUGGACCAAGCUGAUUUGGCAGCGUUCCUGGACCAGUAUGAUGAUGCAUCAGUAUAUGAAGAGAAGCGCGCUCGGCCCUACAGCUUCGGCCUCGGUAAACGGAAUGCUGAUAACGACUUGUCCGAGGAAAAACGGGCACGCAUGUACGAUUUCGGCCUCGGCAAACGUCUCCCUAUGUACAGUUUCGGCUUGGGCAAACGGGCGAGAAGUUACAACUUCGGCCUUGGCAAACGGUUGAGCAGCAAAUUCAAUUUCGGCCUUGGCAAACGCGAAAGGGACCUGCACCGCUUCAAUUUCGGCCUCGGCAAACGAUCAGCAGAGGAUACUUCCAACGACGACAGUGAUAACUAUGUUGAUGUUUAAAUUAUUAACAUUUUUAGUUUAACAAUUUCAAUAUGGAAAUUUACGUGGGAUGUUUUAUCUUCGUUUUUCUAAAAUCAUUUCGAGUAGAUAGGUUUAUUGUUUGCAUAGUUAACGGUGCUAGAUUUCGUAAAGUGUCUACUAAAUCUCCUUGGCGAUUAUUUUAAGUAAUUAAUGUUAAAAUUGAAGAGUUAUUUUUUAUAUAUUUUGUGAAAAUGCCAGCCUAUUUUCACAAGAUUUAAUAGGAAAUAACUCAAUAUAUACGCAUAUCCACAAUUUCUUUACGCUUCCACGUAUUUUUUCAUAUAGAUAAAUAAUUAUAAAUACUAUAUACUUACAUAAAUCUUGGA